AUGGAGGAGGAGAUCGUGUCCGAAAAGCAGGCGGAGGAGAGCCACCGGCAGGACAGCGCCAACCUGCUCAUCUUCAUCCUGCUCCUCACCCUCACCAUCCUCACCAUCUGGCUCUUCAAGCACCGGCGGGCCCGCUUCCUGCACGAGACCGGCCUGGCCAUGAUCUACGGUCUUUUGGUGGGCGUCGUGCUUCGAUACGGAAUUCACGUUCCAAGUGACGUUAACAAUGUCACUUUAAGCUGUCAGGUGCAGACCAGCCCUGCUACUUUGCUAGUGAAUGUUAGUGGGAAGUUUUAUGAAUAUACUCUGAAAGGCGAGAUCAGCUCCCAUGAACUAAAUAAUGUUCAAGAUAAUGAAAUGCUUAGAAAGGUGACUUUUGAUCCCGAGGUCUUUUUCAAUAUACUACUCCCUCCAAUUAUAUUUUACGCAGGAUACAGCCUGAAAAGGAGACAUUUCUUCCGAAACCUUGGGUCAAUCCUGGCAUAUGCUUUUCUUGGAACGGCAAUUUCCUGUUUUGUUAUUGGGUCAAUCAUUUAUGGUUGUGUUACCCUGAUGAAAGUAACUGGACAGCUUGGAGGGGAUUUUUACUUUACCGACUGCUUGUUGUUUGGUGCCAUUGUAUCAGCAACUGAUCCAGUGACUGUUCUUGCAAUAUUCCAUGAACUUCAAGUUGAUGUUGAACUGUAUGCUCUUCUCUUUGGUGAAAGUGUUCUCAAUGAUGCGGUUGCCAUAGUGCUAUCUUCUUCAAUAGUGGCGUACCAGCCAGCCGGAGACAACAGCCACACAUUUGAUGUCAUGGCCAUGUUUAAAUCCAUUGGAAUCUUUCUUGGUAUAUUCAGUGGAUCUUUUGCAAUGGGAGCUGCUACUGGAGUGGUCACAGCUUUAGUGACAAAAUUCACCAAACUGCGGGAGUUCCAGUUGCUGGAAACAGGUUUAUUCUUCUUGAUGUCGUGGAGUACUUUCCUUCUGGCUGAAGCAUGGGGUUUCACAGGUGUGGUUGCAGUAUUAUUUUGUGGCAUCACACAAGCACAUUAUACAUAUAAUAACUUGUCUACAGAGUCUCAGCACAGAACUAAACAGUUAUUUGAGCUGCUCAAUUUCUUGGCGGAAAAUUUCAUCUUCUCCUACAUGGGAUUGACCCUGUUCACCUUUCAAAACCACGUCUUUAAUCCUACUUUUGUAGUAGGAGCAUUUCUUGCUAUUUUCUUGGGAAGAGCUGCCAAUAUUUACCCUUUGUCCUUCCUACUUAACUUGGGUAGAAGAAAUAAGAUUGGAUCAAAUUUUCAACAUAUGAUGAUGUUUGCCGGACUCCGAGGUGCAAUGGCCUUUGCCCUGGCCAUUCGAGAUACUGCCACUUAUGCAAGGCAGAUGAUGUUUAGCACAACACUUCUAAUUGUGUUUUUUACUGUGUGGGUUUUUGGUGGGGGCACCACUGCAAUGUUAUCCUGUCUGCACAUUAGGGUUGGUGUUGAUUCAGACCAAGAACAUUUGGGUGUACCAGAAAAUGAAAGGAGGAGUACCAAAGCUGAAAGUGCGUGGCUGUUCAGGAUAUGGUACAACUUUGAUCAUAACUAUCUGAAGCCCCUCCUGACACACAGUGGUCCUCCGCUUACUACCACACUUCCCACCUGCUGUGGCCCCGUUGCAAGAUGCUUGACAAGCCCCCAAGCUUAUGAGAACCAGGAGCAGCUCAAAGAUGAUGAUUCCGAUCUUAUUCUGAAUGAUGGAGACAUCAGCUUGACCUACGGAGAUUCCACCGUAAACACUGAAUCGGUAACAUCCAAUGCUUCUAGGAGAUUUGUGGGAAACAGUUCUGAAGAUGCCCUGGAUCGGGAACUUGCUUUUGGUGACCAUGAACUUGUCAUUCGGGGUACUCGCCUGGUUCUUCCCAUGGAUGAUUCUGAACCCCCAUUAAAUUUGCUAGAUAGCGCAAGACAUGGGCCAGCCUAAGAUUUUUGUUGCUCACCUGAUGGUCAGAUUUGCCUAUGCGAUUGUGAAGAAAUUAUGUACUACCUACAAAGUCCAAUGCAUGUCUCAGAGUGUUUAAGCUGUAUAAAUAUUGUUUAUAUGGCAUAGGAAGAAUCUCAAUAUUCUGUACAUGGCAACAAGCAGUGAUUUCCUCUGUUAUAACCUUGUUUGAGUGCACUGUGGAGCUGUUUUUAGAAGGUCAUUUGGCCCGGUGAUAUAUCCUAGCCUCUAAUAGCCUUAUGUCUCAAUUAUAUACAGAAUGUGUCUGCUUUGCCCGUUCAUAUUUUUUCUUGACGUUUACCCAGAAAGCCAAACCUCUUUGGUGAAUUUUUUUUUUUUUUUAAGGGUUUUGGAUUUAGGAAAGUUGAGGAAAGAAUUUGCCUAAGACCCAAUCUCCUGCUGUUGUCGUUGCUGUUGCUGCUGUUGCUUCACUAUUGUAGCCUUUUCUGUCAAUGUUCACAUCCUCGCAAGAGCGAAAAGAGCUGAGUAGGGACUGGGGUUACAAUCCACCGAUGCUACGUAACUUGGUUCCCCGGUUUCUGGUCCUGCAGGGAAUGUAGCGUGAACAGUGUGGCAUCCUCAGAAAAAUAAAGGAGGUUUGUGCUCCCGAGUGGUGCUGAACAGUUGUGGUGGGCCGGGAGAGCACAGAUCUGUCGGACCUUGUUUUGGGAAGGGUGAGGAAGGGCGAGAGACAAGUAGAGCUAGAACAUAAAGCCACUUCUCACCACAAAGGGUCAUUUCUCUGCGGCGUCUAGUUCAAGGAUAAGAAAUUGUGAAUUGCUGCUUAGUUUUUGUCAUGGACUUGAUAUGCCAGGCUUUGUAGUCAGAAGUUUUGAAUUUCCAUCAUUAUACUUUUCUGGGUUCAGGUUUUCUAGCGUUGGGUUUAAACCUUUUCAAUCGACUCUCUAAGUAUACAUUUUUUUGUGUUAAAUGUUAAUUUAUGACUCUCUAGCAGUUCCACACUACACCAAAGUCAGAAGUGUUGUAAUAGGAACAUGAAUACUGUAGAGGGAACAGAUUUUUGGAGAUAACUUUAGUUCUUUUUAGACCAGUAGGAGGUACAGAAAAAGGGAGUUUUCUGUCUGUCUUUUUGUAGUUUCAAAUCAUUGCACUUUGCUAACUCCCUAGCAUGCAGCGUGUCCAAUCUUCUUCCUUAUUCAUAUUCAUGUGUUGCCUUUAAUGUGAAAUAUUGGAGCUGUCAUGUGGUUUUUUUGUUUUGUUUUGUUUAGUCUUUCAAGGAAGAGCACAGAACAAGUUUCAAUUUCAUAUUCAGGGUAUUGAACUGGACCCUAUUUUGUUUUGGUAAAAAUGGCCAGACAUGCAAAGAAAACUUGGAAGCUGAGAACAUUUGUGAACGUCGAAUAGGCAGUUCUGUUUCAGAAAAAAGUUUUAACUUUUUGUUUUCUCAGGUCUGAGUAAUAUUGCCUUAAAUAUUACCCAGAAGCUGAUUUAUUUGUUUAAAUUUCCCCAAGAAAAAAAAUCUCCCUGAGAAAAAUGUGUACUUAUUCUUUACAAGGCACCUUGGUUAUUAUAUUCCCUCUUUAAGACGUUAGGAGAAGUAGUAUAUUUGUUGCACCCAGAAAAUGGCAGUUUUAGUUGUUAACAUAGCCAUUUGUUAUGUACUCAUAGUGUCUUUCCUGCCAUGCAGGAAUUCCGUGAAGUGUGCAUUUUCUAUGUGCGUAGCUUAGCUUCAGGUAGUAAAAUGUCUUGUUUCUAACAUGUAUUUGAGGGCUUUGGUUUGAGGAAUCAUUUACCGACAUUAGCACUCGUGUUUUUAAAGCAUCUACAAUAAAUGACUCCUUUUUUAUUCCAUCAGGUGACUGAAUUGAGUUCGUGAAUAUCAUUAAUUUCACAGAAUGUCAAACUCAGCGACUCUUAAACCAUUUCAUUCAGAAGACAGUGAGACAUGCAGCAGUAAAUUGUUGAAUUGUAUAAAUCGGUUGUCUUGCCGUCAUAUUUUAGCAAGAACAAGAACUCAGCAUGAGUAGAGAGGAUUUUUUUCCUACCUGUAGCUGCCUUUCUGUCCCUCCCCAAAAAGAGCUGGGAGGAAAGAAAAGUACUCUUGAUAUAUUUGCUGAAGGUAAUACAAUACUCCAGUUUUAACCAUCGUCCUGCUAGUUUGAAACUGCUUUCAGACUCCUGUCUCUGAGGAACAACCCAGUCACUUUUACAGAGCUCCUAAAUGCCCAGUACUGCCUUCUCUUUUAAAUUAUUUUUAGGAUUGACGAUUUCUUGGAUUUCUUUUUUUUUUUUUAACUUUAGUUGCCUGGGUUCACUGACCCAUCGUUAUGAUAAUAGGAUUUUGAACUUAAUCCCGUUUUCAUUUCCUCUUAGCUAGCGAAAGUUACUAGUGACUUCCUUUAGAAGAUCUGUAAUUUAAAAUUAGUUUUUAUAGCCAUGCAAAUAAACCAUUCUUGCAGUUGGUGUGUGCCAGGUGAAAUGGCAGAAAUGCUGUGCUCCUCUGUGUUUUUCUCCACUUGGGAGCCUUCUUGGGGAAGGCAGGGUGAAGUGUUGGUACAAUUUUUGUCUUGAUUGGAGAGGCCAAAUAUGCGUAGUCGUAGAUCAAAUACGGCCAUUUAAAAAUAAGAUUCUAAAAGAAGCAGUCAGUACAUUGUGAGACCGAUUCUUGAAUGUUUCAGUAAUAGAAAGCUAUGCUUCCUUUUAAUUUCAGUGGUUAGUACCAGCGCAUUUGCCAAACUCAUCAGGCUCCUAAGCAUGCCCAGAAAGAGGUCUCAGUUCUAAGUUUCAGGGCAUACUUAUACUUACACAGUGGAAUAUUUUCUGGUCAGUGGAAAUUAGAUGUCUUUUUGCACAUGAGAAGCACUGUUGGUUAAAUUAUUUUAAUGGUAUUUUUUGUCUAGUCCCGUGAUAACAUUAAUCUUAUACUAUGGUGUCUGUGCAGCUGAUUUGUGAUCGCUACUGAGCGUUAUUGCAACUCUGUUUACAUUGACAAGAAUCUUAUUAUUUCAUUGCACUGUGAAAAAAAGGAAGAUGGGCCUAUUAACAAGCUCAUUUGGAAUAAAACUGUGUUGUCUUUUUUCUAGCUCACCAAAAAAUAAAAGCCUGGAACUGA